AUGUCGCUGGGCGAGUACGAGCGGCACUGCGACUCCAUCAGCUCCGAUUUCGGCAGCGAGUCUUCGGGCCGGGGCGGCUCCCGCGGCGGCGGCAGUCUGCCUGGCGAGCAGGAGGAGCUGCACUACAUCCCCAUCCGCACUCUGGGCCGCGGCGCCUUCGGCGAGGCCACCCUCUACCGCCGCACCGAGUCACAGAGGACACGGGGACCUCUUAUACAGGAUGACUCACUUGUGGUGUGGAAGGAGGUGGACCUGACUCGGCUGUCAGAAAAGGAGCGUCGUGAUGCUUUGAACGAAAUCGUUAUCCUUGCCCUGCUGCAGCACGAGAACAUCAUUGCAUACUACAACCACUUCAUGGAUAACACCACGCUGCUGAUUGAGCUGGAGUACUGUAAUGGAGGGAACCUCUAUGAUAAGAUUCUGCGGCAAAAAGACAAGUUGUUUGAAGAAGAGAUGGUGGUUUGGUAUCUCUUUCAAAUUGCAUCAGCUGUGAGCUGCAUUCAUCGAGCAGGAAUUCUUCACAGAGAUAUAAAGACAUUAAAUAUCUUUCUAACCAAGGCAAACCUGAUUAAAUUGGGAGACUAUGGGCUGGCAAAGAAGCUGAACUCUGAGUACUCAAUGGCUGAGACUCUGGUGGGAACUCCAUAUUACAUGUCCCCAGAACUCUGCCAGGGUGUGAAAUACAACUUCAAAUCAGAUAUUUGGGCUGUGGGCUGUGUCAUCUUUGAGCUGCUUACUCUGAAGAGGACCUUUGAUGCUACUAAUCCCCUGAACCUUUGUGUGAAGAUCGUACAGGGAAAUCGUGCCAUGGAGGUCGAUUCCACUGUCUACUCCUGGGAACUGAUCCAGAUGGUGAAUUCCUGCCUUGAUCAGGAUCCAGAGAAGAGACCCACUGCAGAUGAGCUGCUUGAACAUCCACUGCUCAGUAAGCGCAGGAGGGAGAUGGAAGAGAAAGUUACACUGCUUAAUGGGCCAAAUAAGCGACCAAGGUCAAGUACCAUGAAUGAGGCUCCUAUUGCGGUGGUGACUUCACGCACUAGUGAGGUGUAUGUUUGGGGGGGUGGGAAGUCCACCCCCCAGAAGCUGGACGCCAUCAAAAGUGGCUGCAGUGCACGCCAGGUGUGUGCUGGUAACACUCACUUUGCUGUGGUGACAGUGGAGAAGGAGCUCUACACGUGGGUGAACAUGCAGGGGGGCACCAAGCUGCAUGGGCAGCUGGGACAUGGAGACAGAGCCUCCUACCGGCAGCCAAAGCAUGUUGAGAAGCUGCAGGGAAAAGCCAUUCGCCAGGUGUCCUGUGGAGAUGAUUUCACAGUGUGCAUUACAGAUGAGGGCCAGGUGUAUGCCUUUGGCUCAGACUAUUAUGGAUGCAUUGGUGUUGACAAGGCUUAUGGCUCUGAGGUACUUGAGCCCCUGCAGCUGGAUUUCUUCCUUACCAACCCUGUGGAGCAGGUCUCAUGUGGAGAUAACCAUGUGGCAGUGCUGACCAGGAACAGAGAAGUGUACACAUGGGGCUGCGGAGAGUAUGGGCGCCUGGGCUUGGAUUCUGAAGAAGAUCACUAUACCCCGCAGAAGGUGGAUGUUCCGAAGACCUUAACCAUUGUAUCUGUUUACUGUGGCUGUGAUGGGACUUUCCUGCUCACCCAGACAGGCAAAGUUUUGGCAUGUGGACUCAACGAGUUCAACAAGCUGGGCCUGAAUCAGUGCACCUCAGGGAUAAUCAACCAUGAUACAUACUGCGAGGUGCCAUACGCCACUUCGCUUACUUUGGCCAAGCAACUGUCCUUCUACAAGAUCCGCACCAUUUCUCCAGGGAAGACACACACAGCUUCCAUUGAUGAGCGAGGCCGCCUGCUGACCUUCGGCUCCAACAAGUGCGGACAGCUUGGUGUUGGGGACUAUAAGAAGCACCUGGGAAUUAACCUGCUGGGAGGCCCCUUGGGGGGUAAGCAGGUGAUCAGGGUUUCAUGUGGAGAUGAAUUCACCAUAGCUGCUACUGACGACAACCAUAUUUUUGCCUGGGGCAAUGGUGGGAAUGGGCGUCUGGCCAUGACAUCAACUGAGAGAGCUCACGGCUCCGAUAUUUGUACCUCGUGGCCUCGGCCAAUAUUUGGAUCAUUGCAUCAUGUGCCAGACCUGUCGUGCCGUGGCUGGCACACCAUCAUCAUUGUUGAAAAGGUGUUGAACUCUAAAACAAUCCGUUCUAACAGCAGUGGCCUGUCCAUUGGUACUGUGGCUCAGAGCUCCACAACUGGAGGAGGAGAGGAAGAGUAUAAUGAACAGGAAGCAGAGACCUCCAGUCCCAGUGGAGGCUUUCGGGGAACCAUAGAAGCAGAUCGUGAGUUGGGAGGCUGGAUCAGCACCACAGAGGCUAAGGGAGGCAACAGCGCUGAGAGCAGCUCCUGCCCUGGCUGGCUGCGGAAGGAGCUGGAGAAUGCUGAAUUCAUCCCCAUGCCUGACAGCCCUUUUCCUCUGAGCAUGGCAUCUUCAGAGCCUGAGAAAGAGACUCUUCCUUACCAGAAACUUCAAGGACUCAAAGUCGCCACUGAGGAACCUGUUGCAUUAAACAAGCCCAAAACAGAGCCCUGGCCUGCUUGCCUGAGUCCAGCUGUGCCAUGCAGUGAAGGGAAGGCUGCAUCUCCUGUGGCAGGCUGCAUGUGCAGUGCUCUCCAGGUGGAGGUGACGCACCUCCGAGGCCUGGUUUUACAGUGUCUGGAGGAUCAGAAGAGGCUGCAGCAGGAAACCGUUCGUCUGAGUGCCCAACUCCAGCGGUUCUGCAGAGGGACAGAGGGAAUGACGCAGGUGGAGGUUCAUUCCAAAGGAACACAGACAGCCAAAGAGGAGAUGGAAGUGGAUCCGAAACCUGACUUGGAUUCGGAUUCCUGGUGUCUCCUGGGAACGGACUCGUGCCGCUCCAGCCUCUAGU